AUGAUUCGUAGAAUUAAGCGCCUCUUUGGAUUCACGGCCCGAGGCUCUUAUUUUCCACAUGACGAUGUUCUGCCAGAUGAUAAUGGAAUAAUCGCAACUCCUAGCAGAAAAAAUGUGAAAAGCGACAAAAAAGAAAAAAGCAAGAAGGCAUUAAAGUCGAAAAAAAGUGCGCCGGCAGCCCUUAUAACUGACGAUAGAGAAACGACGUUUUUGCCAAAGUCUGCUGCAAAUCAAACCGUUCCUGAAAUUAUAAUUGGAGGUGACGAUUCUCUUCAUCAUUCCGAAUGUGAAACAAAUGCAGCAACUGAUUCUUUGCCGUAUCGCGAGCCCAGUGAUAAGUCACAACGCUUCACGAAUUCACGUUCGAGUGCUGCCCCAUCGUCAGUUCGAGAAGCUGCCUCGAAUCGAAGCCUUGCUGGAUCUGAAACGACGAAAUCUCUCGAUGUGAAUCUAAAAGGAGAAAUCUCCAAAAAUGGCUCGUACGUCGAUUCGGAAUAUUCAACUGAAACUAACAACGACGAGGAAAGACUUGUUGAUGGAGGAAUUUUGGAGCCUCCUCACGAUCCUUAUUCGCAAGCUUCUUUGCUUUGCGUGAAUACACCCGAAGUUCCAAUCGAAUUUGGUACAGCCGAAGAAUUCAAGCGAGAAGAGAACAAAUUCAAUAUGAGCACUUCCAAAACGGAUGUGGAAAUGGAGAGAAAAAUUCAAGAGAUGAAUGAACAAUUGGAAGACAUUUUAAAGAAACCGGCGCCAUUCAAUGUAUCGACGGCUCGUCUUCCGGCUCUCAAGACAUUUGCUGACCUUUCUUGUGAUGAUACCGUCGGCUCAGACGAUUUUGAUGAAAAGAAUAAUUCACGGACACCGCGCGGACGCUCAACGGACGAGCAGCAGCGUCAGAGCGGACGCCGCUGUGCUUCCGAUAUGCGUCCGUCGGACGAUAUCGUCCGCGCGGAUACCGUCAUUCGUCCGCGCGGUAUCCGAUAUGUGCGUCCGCGCGGUGUCCGCGAAUUUUCGAUCAUCGGCGUCCGCUCUGACUCUGCUGCUCGUCCGUUACAACGUCCGCGCGGCGUCCGCUGUGAUUUACCGAGUUGCAUACAAAUGUGCGGAAACUCGAAAUGA